AUGAUCAAUUCUGGUUCGAAAGUUGGUACGACCUCCAUAGCGGCUAUUAUGACAUCGUUGUCGCCUCCAGGCCAGGGCCUGGAGAGCGGCAACCUCGCGAUGGAUGCUGAAAAUCAUGACUUACUGAGAGAUCCCAAUUUGGUUGAGAACUACUCUGAUAUCUUGGAGAAAAAGCCUAAUCGCUUUACCAAUGGAGGCGGGGGUAAUGGUAGCGAGACCGAUAAUGAAAGCGAGAGUGUUAGCGGGAGUGUUGUUGUGACGAGGAAUUCGGCUAAUUCGUCGCCACUGAAAAAUAGAGCCAGCUUGUUAAGUAAUACAUCAAGCCAUUACUCGGUGCAGUUGGGAAAACAUGGGCCUUUGCAGGAAGGAGAAUUGGAGAAAGGAGAAGAACAAGAACAAGAUGUACAGGAAGUGGAAGACGAGGGGGAAAUAAGGAAUGGGGAUUCUAUGAAAGAACUCGAGCUCGAUUCACCCAACGAUUCGAAGGACCAAACAAGCAUAGGUAGUAUGGACGUUGAUAAAUCUCCCACCGGAGAUAUGGCACAUGAAUACGAGUACUCAGACUCUGAUUUUGAGGAGAGUAUGGAAAAGAGGCUGCAUGACAUGAAUAAUAGCACUUCACUGGAUAAACACGAUGAUCGGAGCGAGAGCGAGCUUGAGGACCCAGUUCUACGUCUCUCGCUCUCUGAGGUCGAAGGAUCUGAGAGCGAUGGCGAGCUGGCGGAGGAAACGAGAAGUUUGACUUUGGGGUCGGAUGGGGACUCUGAAGCGGAUUCAGAGCUCGAUGAGUAUCAACCGCUUACACCACCAAAGGAAUUGGACCCGGAAAAGCUAUAUGCCCUGUAUGCUUUCAAUGGUCCUGACCCAUCACACUGUCAACUGAAACAGGAUGAAUCAUGCACAUUACUGAAUGAUCAAGAUUCGUACUGGUGGCUGGUCAAACGAUCACAGGACAGUAAAAUUGGCUUUGCGCCAGCUGAGAUCUUAGAGACAUUCCCAGAGAGGUUAGCUAGGCUGAAUUGCUGGAAAAACGAGAAUAUGUCUUCUUCAUUGGAUGACUCUCCUAAGGCGAGUGAUAUUAAAAACUGCGAUGAGUUAGUCAAUGGAAAAGAUAAGGAAUCUUCUUCGUUAGAAAACUAUAUGAAGAACAGUAAAUCUGUUAGUUUCAACGAUGUAGUCAGCUAUGCCGAUCGCUUCAUUGAAGCAAAUGACGAUGCCGAGGAUUAUGAUACUACACAUUACGACCAGUUUUCGGAGGCUAAACUGAAGCUGACCCGUUUUCCAGAUGACGAAGAAAUGAGCGAGGUUGUGAGCGAUGUUUCAUUCAACACUGCGGCGAUGACUCCCCUAACUGUUGAAAAAAUUAGGCGACCUAGAGCUCAUCCCGUGGAGGAAGCCAUUACGACAUCCACGACGAUGAGUUCUCAAAAUGAGUCUGACCUACGAAGGGAGGCAAACCGGGCAGUGAGGGAAGAGAGCGAUGAUCUGCGUAAAAUAUUUGAAGCACCCAUACCGCCCUUUAGCAAGACCCAAUCCAGCAAUGGACCCAACAUGCAGCCUUCCAACUCAGAUUACUCAAUUUCGACCAUUGGAGAUUUUUCUCCCUCAUCUUCUGAAUGGACUAAUGAAUCACCACAACUUCAUGAUGCACAAUUCAACGCAGGCACUGAUACAGCUGCUAUCCCACCUUCCAGGGCAAUCCAAGAUUUUUCAAAAUACGUUGAAGAGGAACAGUCGGACGGAGAAGCCACAUCGAUAUGUAAGUCCGUCGAGUCAAACGCCGAUCUGGAUAAGAAGGCCAGCGAUACGGAAAACUUGCCUGAAAACAAGCAUGGCAGUCUGGUUUCGACAUCCUUUUCAUCUGAACAGAUAUUCCUGGACUCCGGUCGAGCCAACUCUUUCACUAGCAUCAAUAGCGCAACAUCUUUGUCAAGGCAGCACUCAAGCGCUCAAAGUUGUUCAACUAAACGUCAUCCAGUAAUCGAUCGACUAUACAACCCCGUUUUUGAUAAAAUGGAUGAACUAAUGGCACAGCUCGACGAGGUUGCCAGAGAGUAA